AUGUCGCGCGUCACACAGUCUAGGCAACAGACCGAAGCAAACGCUAAGAUUCUCCGUGCGUUGGUCAAAUCCGCCGACAACAAGGUCUGCGUGGACUGCAAGAAGAACGAUCCACGAUGGGCCAGUUGGAACUUGGGAUGCUUCCUCUGCAUCCGUUGCUCGGGCAUUCAUCGUUCUAUGGGCACGCACAUCUCUAAAGUCAAGAGUAUCGAUCUUGACAUUUGGACUCCUGAACAGAUGGAGUCGGUCCAGAAGUGGGGUAACCGUCGCUGCAACCUGUACUGGGAAGCCCACUUGAAGGCCGGUCACGUUCCUGCCGAUCACAAGAUCGAAUCAUUCAUCCGUAGCAAGUACGAGUCUAGGCGAUGGGCCAAGGAUGGCCCGCCCCCGACCGAUCCGAGUGUUUUGGAUGGUGGGCACGAAGCUCCUGCUGCUGUUACUGCUAGUACGUCUACCGGAACUGCUGCUGCUCCUGCUGCUCGAGUGGCUCAAAGCAAGCCUGCUCCUGCCAUUGAUCUUCUUGACGACCCUUCGCCCGCACCCGCCUCCGCACCAGCAGCAGCACCAGCAAGGACCACAGCAUCAGCACCCAGAUCAGCACCAGCAGAACCAACAACAGCGCCCAAAAUCAGCAAUGGCGGAGGUGGAGGAGGAAUAUUCGACCUUGACUGGCACGAACCCUCGAGCUCGGCCAACACGUCCUCAUCGGCCACCAGCCCCACCACCACCUCCUCCGGCACCAAGGGCAAGAACGAUAUCAUGUCCCUCUUCGCCGCCAAGCCUGCCGGGCCUGCCCCGGCGGCUAAUAGCGCUGGUUUUGGCGACUUUGGCUCGUUUGCCACCCCCUCGUCGAGCGCGAACAAUGCGUCUUCUGGACUGGGCGGCUUGAACUCGUCCUUUGGCGGUCUGGACCUUUCUGCGUCUGCUAAGCCGGCAGGGAAUGGCGCUUCGUUUGCUGCUGGUGGCGCGGGCGGCAACCCCUGGUCGGCUAACAGUGCUGCUAGCAGUGGCGCAGCGGGAGCAGGCGGAAGUGGUGGUGGACUUUUUGACACGCAGGACGUCUGGGGCUCGUCGGGUGCUACUGCUGCGACUACGGCGGCGUCGAGCAAGCCGAAGGACGAUGCUUUUGCUGAUAUUUGGGGCGACUUCAAGUGA